CCGAAAAGGUUCUGGGGCAUCCAAUGGGUCACCCUGCAAAAACAUCGCAGCCGACCGAGGGGACGGAGCAGGAGGCCCCGCUUCAUCCGCCGCCGCCGUCGUACGAGGGACAGCGGGUGAUGCCCACGCCGUUCCUCACCAAGACGUAUCAGCUGGUGGACGACCCCGCCAUGGACGACGUGAUCUCGUGGAACGAGGACGGGUCGACCUUCGUCGUCUGGCGGCCGGCAGAGUUCGCCCGCGACGUCCUCCCCAAGUUCUUCAAACACAACAACUUCUCCAGCUUCGUCCGCCAGCUCAACACCUACGGGUUUCGGAAGAUCGUACCGGAUCGAUGGGAAUUCGCCAACGACUGCUUCCGCCGCGGCGAGAAGGGGCUCCUCUGCGACAUCCACCGCCGAAAGUUCUCGCCGACGCCAGCCCCGGCGGUGUCCGCCCCUCCGAAUCUGGUAGUCUCACCGGUCAAUUCCAACGAAGAGCAGGGCCUUUCCUCGACAUCCUCCCCGGGCUGUGUGCAGCCGGCUCCGGUGACGUCUGGGUGGGCUGCACCAGGGACCAGCGGCGGGACCUCGGACCUCGCGGAGGAGAACAGCCGCCUGCGGCGGGAGAACAAGCAGCUGUCGCAGGAGCUCGGCCAGAUGAAGGGCAUGUGCAACAACAUCAUGCAGCUGAUAGCCAAGUACGCCCCGGGCCGCCAGUUCGGCCCGGCGGUGGAAGCCUUGGACAUCGGGGGAGGGUCGUUGACCACCACGCCGCUGGAGAUGUUCAUGGCGAGGUCGUCGCCAACGGCGGAGGAGGAGGAGGAGGAGGAGGAGGAGGCGGCGGAGGGGAGUUCCGGCGGGGAAGGCACCACGAGGAUCUUCGGCGUGUCGAUCGGGUUUAAGCGGAACCGCAGAGAACACGGGAGCGCUGCGUCGCGAUCCGUGCCGGACGCGUGACGAAACAUGAAGGCGCGAACGCGUAACGAAAGAUGGGGUUGCGCCACAGUGGGAGCACGUGGAAGGGAAGUAUCGUCACGUGAGAUAUAUA